CGAACACAUUUUCCCUCAUGUCUUCCAUCACUUGCAGUAUAUACGUUGCUGUACUAUCAAUCCAUUUCGAACCUGUUCGGACUUGCUAUUGUCCUUGUCAUCAGCAUCAGCACAGGGCCGAAAGCAGCUCAUACGUACGCGUAGGCCUUACGAAAGUUCAUCAAUACAGCUUGCGACCAAAAUGGCUUCGGCGGCGAAUGGGAACGAUGCUGCCGAGGCAAACAUUCAAAUGUGGAAGGUGAAGAAGCUGGUGCAGAGCUUGGACAAGGCACGAGGAGCGGGGACGUCGAUGAUCUCGCUCAUUUUGCCGCCACGAUCCCAAAUCUCACAAGCAACGAACAUGCUUACUCAAGAAUACGGAACUGCAUCCAACAUCAAGUCGCGUGUGAACCGUCAGUCUGUGCUGUCUGCCAUCACUUCAACGCAGCAAAGAUUGAAGCUUUACAACAAAGUACCUCCGAACGGGCUGAUCGUGUAUUGCGGAACGAUCCUGACAGACGAUGGCAAGGAAAAGAAGGUCAACUUUUCAUUUGAGCCUUUCAAGCCAAUCAACACAUCGCUGUAUCUCUGCGAUAACAAGUUCCACACGGAAGCACUGUCAGAGCUGCUUGAGUCAGAUGCCACUUUCGGUUUCAUUAUUAUGGAUGGUAAUGGCGCCCUCUAUGGCACGGUGUCAGGUAACACUAGAACUGUGCUACACAAAUUUUCGGUCGACUUGCCCAAGAAGCAUGGUCGGGGUGGUCAGUCUGCCCUUCGUUUCGCUCGUCUCAGAGAGGAAGCUCGUCACAACUAUGUCCGCAAGGUAGCAGAGCUCGCAACGCAGCAUUUCAUCACGGACAACAAGUGCAAUUGCGCAGGUCUUGUGUUGGCGGGUUCAGCCGACUUCAAGACUGUCCUUGCACAGUCUGAUCUCUUUGACCCCCGUUUGGCCGCCAAGCUCAUCCGCACUGUGGAUGUAUCUUACGGCGGAGAGAACGGCUUCAACCAGGCUAUCGAAGAGGCAGCAGAGUCAUUGCAGUCUGUCAAGUUCAUUCAGGAGAAGAAGCUCAUCCAAAAAUACUUCGACGAGAUCUCACAAGAAACUGGCAAGUACUGUUUCGGCAUUGGCGACACCUUUAAGGCACUCGAGUUGGGCGCUGUUGAGACCCUCAUUGUCUGGGAAAACCUUGAUGUUGUGCGCUACCAACUCCGUGACACGGAAGGCGGCGUUCACAUCUUGAUGUUGACAAAGGAGGAGGAGAAGGACAGGUCAAAGUUCAUGGACAAGGCCACUGGAUUAGAGAUGGAGCAGGCUGAUGAGCCUCAACUACUGCUUGAAUGGCUUGCCGAGCACUACAAAGACUUCGGCACGAACCUCGAGUUCGUCACAGACAGGUCGACAGAAGGCAACCAAUUCGUUAAAGGCUUUGGCGGCAUCGGCGGGCUGCUUCGUUACAAGGUGGCAUUCGAAGAUAUGGCAGUUUACGAGGACGAUGAGGAUGAGUUCAUGAGCGACGACUCGGACGAUUGACUCGGCUUCCAACCUCUAAGCGGGGGUCAGGGCACGUCGGAGCCCGGCAUGCCCAAUAGCAUGGCGCAGCCGGAAUCUGAGAUUGUUGAGCAGGAGCUAGUGCUGGUGAAGCCUCAUCGCCCUUUGCAUGCAGAGCGCCACAAGCUCUGAAGCAAUCACUUGCACUGCCUUUUCCUGGCUCCUCUAGCAAGGUCUUUUAAGAAUCUUGCAAGCCAGUCCCGUUUCCGGGCUGACCGGGAACGCCCUGUUUCGGCAAUACAGCGGGGGAGCAACUACUCAGGAGGUCAAUCCUUUGUAUGGUAUGCCAGUCAACAGACUGCAAUGCAUGUGAUAUGCUCUAGUCUACAAC